UCAGGGAAUGCUCAUAAACAGCCCGCGUCUCUUGAACGGGCUCGUGUGACGUCGCCUUCCUCAGUCUUUCCUCUUGCGCGUCUUGUGAUUCAAUUGUACCCUACGAUCCCUAUUUCGAAGAUCUUGAGCCUCUAGGGUAUAACUGUAGACUUAAAGGUGAAGUAUAUUCGCCACAGGAAGACCUAGCUUCUACUUGCAUCGAGCUGGCCAUUCUAUAUUAUUUCAUAGGCUCGACAGUAUGAGAUUGCUAUCUUCGCUAGCCCUCGGUGGCCUCGCAUCCUCAAUCUUAGCUCGAAGUGCUCGUUACUCUGGAAAGAACAUUGAACUCCCGCGCUCACGACAUGGCUAUCCAAUGCAGCCGGGACAAGCUCUACACGCGAAGCGUCAAGUGAAGCCGCUGAUUGAACAGAACGAGAAGACUUCUAAGUUCAUAGUGAAUGGUUCUGCUGGUGCGAUCCCGGAUGUCGACUUCGACAUUGGAGAGUCAUAUGCAGGUCUAUUACCUAUCAGCUCCAUUCCAAACGCGUCCGAACUUUAUUUCUGGUUUUUUCCUUCCUCAAACCCCGAUGCCAGCGACGAGAUCACGAUUUGGCUGAAUGGAGGUCCCGGAUGUUCAAGUCUUGAAGGUUUUUUGCAGGAGAACGGACCAAUUCUUUGGCAAUAUGGAACCUUCAAACCCAUUUACAAUCCAUGGACUUGGGUCAAUCUUACGAACAUGGUCUGGGUAGAACAACCCGUCGGUACUGGCUUCACUCAAGGCAACCCUACUGCGACCAGCACCGAGGAAGCUGCACAGCAGUUUCUAGGCUUCUUGAAGAACUUUGUUGACACAUUCGGUCUAUGCGACAAGAAAAUAUACAUUGCGGGUGAGUCUUAUGCCGGGAAGUAUAUUCCGUACUUCGCGGAUGCGAUGCUAGCAACAAACGACUCGAAAUACUACGAUGUGCAGGGAAUCAUGGUCUACGACCCCAGCGUAGCCUCGGAUACGCUGCUCGAGGAGAUCCCGGCUGUUCCUUUUGUAGACCAAUGGGAAGGCCUGUUCAACCUGAACGAGACUUUCAUGGAAGACAUUCACACGCGCGCCGACGAAUGUGGGUACACAGACUAUGUCGAAACUUACCUCACGUUCCCUCCCCCUGGCCCUCUGCCUGUACCCGCCAACAAUAGCCAUACUCCGGGGUGCGGUCUCUGGAACGAUAUCACCAACGCAGUUCUGCUCACGAAUCCGUGCUUCGAUAUCUACCAGGUGGCUACCACGUGUCCUCUACUAUGGGAUGUUCUCGGGUUCCCUGGCUCGAUCCCGUACCUUCCCGAUGGUACGACUGUCUAUUUCAACCGUACAGAGGUUCAAAGGGCCAUCAACGCUCCUGUUGGCGAAUGGGAAGAAUGUUCCAACGGCGUUCUAGACAUUGACACUUCGAUCGAUUCUGGACUUGUCGUUCUCCCUCGUGUUAUUGACCGUUUACAGCGCACAGUGAUCGUCCAUGGUGAUCUGGACUGGAUCCUCCUUGGCAACGGUACGCUUCUCACAAUCCAGAAUAUGACAUGGGGCGGUAUGCAAGGCUUUCAAAGGGAGCCGUCUGACGACUUUUUUGUCCCGUACCAUGAUGAAGUUAGUCUCGGGUCGAUAUCGGCAGCUGGAGUCAUGGGAACGACGCACACAGAGCGCAAGUUGACGUGGGUCAGCCAGAGCUUGAGUGGACAUAUGGUUCCACAGUACCAACCUUCGAGCGCAUACAGGCAGUUGGAGUUCUUGCUCGGUCGAAUUGAUAGCCUGUCCGAGAAAGGCGGGUUCACGACAAGGGGUAAUGGUACCGUGAAAAGAGAUUUAGGUGUGAUGAGGGGGGUCGCCAUUUGAUAGCGCCGUGAAGUGGUUGUAGAUUUCCACGGAUUGGGAAGUGAUUAAUGUUUAUUACUGGUAUCUAUUGUUAUUCGGAGUCUAAAUAAAGUAAUCUAUCAGCUCAGCCAUGAUAGUUGUGGCUUCUGCCACCAGAAA